AUGCUUAUUAACGUUAACAAUAAAGACACCUUCAGCUCUUUAGUUUAUCAAGUCCGCGCUACAACUACCGCGGCAUUUGAGGACGAAGACGUACCCUUCGAGCGCAUCGUGUCAACAAUGCUACCUGGUUCACGAGAUCUUUCGCGAACACCGCUUGCGCAACUCAUUUUUGCGGUCCACUCGCAGAAGGAUCUUGGGCGGUUUGAGCUUCAGGGUCUUGAGUCGGAGGCUGUGUCUAGCAAGGCGUAUACGCGAUUUGAUAUUGAAUUUCACUUGUUUCAAGAGGCUGAUGGCCUCCAGGGCAGUUGUAACUUUGCGACGGAUUUGUUUAAGCCUGAGACUGUUGAGAAUGUGGUCAGUGUGUUUUUCCAGAUUCUGCGCCAUGGUCUUGAGAAGCCCGGGAUUCAGAUUUCGGUGAUUCCUCUUACGGAUGGGAUUGAAGAACUUCGGCGCCUGGAUUUACUCAGGAUUAAGAAGGUUGAGUAUCCGAGGGAUGCCAGCUUGGUGGACAUCUUCCGCACGCAAGUGACUGCUUAUCCCGACUCCCUCGCAGUCGUGGACUCUUGGACGCGACUUACUUAUGCGGAACUGGACCAUCAGACUGAUCUGCUUGCGAAAUCGCUUGGUCGACGAGGCAUGCCGGCUGAGACUCUGGUCGGAGUGUUGGCGCCGCGCUCAUGCGAAGCGAUUGUCGCGAUUAUCGGCAUUCUGAAGGCGAACUUGGCCUAUCACCCAUGUGACGUCAAAUCUCCUUCUACUCGGCUCAACGACAUUUUGUCUGGUCUUCCGGGCCCUACAAUAGUACUUCUGGGCUCGGGAGUCUCUGCUCCCGAGUUGGAGGUACCCGACUUGGAGUUUGUCCGUGUCGCUGAUGCCCUGGAGUAUCGCGACACAAACGACCUUAGUUGCCACGCUCAUGUCGACAUGUCGAACCCUACCGCGACAAGCCUUGCAUACGUCCUCUUCACUUCUGGAUCCACGGGCCGACCCAAGGGUGUCAUGGUCGAGCACCGCGUGAUCGUCCGUCUCAUGACAAGUAACAUCAUCCCCGACUUCCCAGUCCAACCGCGCUCAGCCCACAUGUUCAACAUUGCGUUUGAUGGUGCUACCUGCGAGAUCUUCUUCACCCUCCUCAAUGGCGGAACGUUAGUCUGCAUUGACUACAUGACUACUCUUGAUGUCAAGGCGCUUCAAGACGUGUUCAUCAAGGAACAGAUCAACGCUGCUUGCAUGGCACCUGCCCUGUUGAAGUUGUAUCUCACUGAUGCGCGCGAUGCUUUGAGAGGUCUUGACUUUCUCAUGGCUGCUGGAGAUCGCUUCGAUGGUCAGGAUGCCAUUGAGGCGCAGAGACUUGUUCGGGGACAGUACUAUAAUGGGUAUGGACCGACCGAGAAUGGUAUCAUGAGCACGAGGUAUCCUAUCGCUGUUGGUGACUCGUUCAUCAAUGGUGUUCCCAUCGGAAGAGCUGUCAACAACUCUGGAGCUUACGUCACGGAUCUGAAUCAGCAGCUCGUUGGUGUUGGUGUGAUGGGAGAGCUCGUCGUCACUGGCGAUGGUCUUGCGCGAGGAUACUUUGACCCAGCCCUUAAGAAGGACCGCUUCAUUCACAUUGAAGUCGAUGGCCAGCGUGUGAGAGCUUAUAGAACAGGCGAUCGCGUACGCUACCGAGUAGGCAACGGCCUCAUAGAAUUCUUUGGUCGCAUUGAUACGCAGUUCAAGAUCCGAGGCAAUCGUAUUGAGUCAGCGGAGGUGGAAGCUGCUAUGCUUGGUCACAGCUCUGUCCGUGACGCUGCUGUUGUCGUGCAGAAGGAUGAUGGUGAGAAAGCAGACUUGGUUGGCUUUGUCAUCAUUGAUCAUGAUCAUUCGUUGGAGGGCGACUCGAAUGAUAACCAGGUUGAGGGAUGGCAGGACCAUUUCGAGAGUGAGAUGUAUGCCGAUAUUGGCGACAUUGAUCCGUCUACUAUUGGAAGUGACUUCAAGGGCUGGACGUCUAUGUAUGAUGGGAGUGAGAUUGACAAGGUGGAGAUGCAGGAGUGGCUUGAUGAUACUAUCGAGACGCUUCGUGAUAGUCGGGCUCCAGGUCAUGUCCUUGAGGUUGGGACUGGUAGCGGUAUGAUCUUGCUCAAUCUCGGCGUUGGGCUUCACAGUUACAGAGGUCUUGGACCAUCCAAGUCAGCCGCUGCAUUCACCAACAGCGUCAUCAAGUCGGCCCCAUCUCUUGCAAGCAGGGCCGAGGUCCACGUUGGCACAGCGCAGGACAUCAGCCAAAUGAGCGAUCUUCACCCAGAUCUCGUGGUGAUCAACUCAGUCGCGCAAUACUUCCCUUCACCAGAGUACUUGGCUCAAGUAGCGGACACCCUGGUCCACCUCCCCGGUGUGAAGCGCUUGUUCUUUGGCGACAUGCGAACGAACGCUACCAACAAGCACUUCCUCGCUGCCAGAGCUUUCAGGACUCUAGGUGACAACGCGACCAAGGGCGCUGCUAGGCAGAAGAUGGCGGAGUUGGAGGAGCGCGAGGAGGAGUUGCUUGUCGAACCAGCUUUCUUCACGACACUACAAGGUCGCUUCCCUGAUUUGGUUCACCAUGUUGAAAUUCUGCCAAAGAGCAUGGAUGCUACGAAUGAGCUCAGUGCCUAUCGAUAUGCGGCUGUGGUUCAUAUACGCGAUAGCGACUCAGUGCCUGUGCAUACGAUUGAGAAGGGCGCUUGGGUCAACUUUGAGGCAUCACGAAUGGAUCGCACGUCUCUCUUGCAGUUUCUACGAAGCUCAAAAAAUUCAGCGACAGUAGCUAUCAGCAACAUUCCCUUCUCCAAGACCGUUUUCGAGCGACAGGUCGUCAAGUCCCUCGAGGCAGAACAUCAGUCUAAGCUGGAUGGUGCUGCAUGGAUCUCGGCUGUUCGCUCUGAUACUAAGAGCCGUGCAUCUCUUUCUGUUCCUGACCUUCACCAACUAGCUGGAGAAUCUGGAUAUCGCUUGGAGGUCAGCGCAGCGCGUCAGUGGUCUCAGGGCAGCGCCCUCGAUGCCGUCUUCCACCGCCUCCCAUCAUCUUCGGACAAUCGUCACACGCUGAUCAAGUUCCCGACCGACAAUCACCUCCGAGGCUCAGCCACCCUUGCCAAUCGUCCACUACAGGGGUUACAGCGUCGUCGUGCCGCGCUACAAGUCCGCGAGCGCCUGCAGUCUCUGCUCCCGUCGUACAUGGUCCCCUCCAGCAUCGUGGUGCUGGAUCAGAUGCCUCUCAAUCCAAAUGGCAAGGUUGAUAGGAAAGAGCUUGCGCGCCAGGCUCGAAUUAUACCCAAGCAGUAG